AUGCCCUUCAACAAGUCCAAAACAGACUACUCAAUCUACCUCGUCACCGAUUCUGGUCUCGUGCCUGACAACUUUACACUUGAACAUCAGGUGGAGCAAUCUAUUCUAGGAGGAGCAACUCUCAUUCAGCUCAGAGAGAAGACGGCGGACACUGGAAAGUUUCUGGAGACCGCCAAACGGAUCCACGCCAUUACCAAGAAGCAUGGUGUGCCCUUGCUGAUCAACGACCGGCUGGACAUUGCUCUCGCCAUUGACUGCGAGGGAGUGCAUGUUGGACAAGACGACAUGCCCGUGGUGGAAUGCCGACGAAUGCUGGGAGAGGACAAGAUCAUUGGCUUGAGUAUCACCAACCGGGAGGAGUAUGAUGCAGCUCUGGAGGCAGACGCAGCCGGUGCGAACCUCGAUUACUUUGGAGUGGGUGCUAUCUAUGGAACCUUCACAAAGAAGCUGAGAGCCGAGCCCCUGGGACUCAGUGGUGCACGAAACCUGUUUGCUUACAUCACUGAGAAGGAGAAGUCUCUCUCCCGGCAACACAAGUUUGUCACUAUUGGAGGCAUCAAGCCUGACAACACGCCAUCUGUGCGAUACAUGUGUGGUGCGACAUGUAACGGAGUCGCAGUUGUGAGCUGCAUCAUCGCUGCUCAGGAUGCCAAGCUGGUGACCGAAGUCCUGUCAAAGCAGUGGCAUGACGCCAUUACUGAGCCUGUUCUUCAAGUGACGACUGAAACUCUCAGCAAGAUCAACUCAUAUUUCGGCACCCCCACAUUUGUGCACCACAUCACCAACAAUGUGGUUAAAAACUGCUCUGCCAACAUCACCAUCGCCAUCGGCUCGUCCCCCGCCAUGAGUGAGACUCGGGCAGAAUUCCACGAGUUUGCUGGUAUCCCCAACGCUUCUCUUCUUCUGAACAUGGGCACUGCCACUUCCGAUGGAGUUGAGACGUUCCUGGCUGCUGGUCAGGCUUACAAUGCUGCUCGUCGACCUGUGGUUUUCGAUCCUGUUGGAGGUGGAGCUUCCGAGGCACGAAAGUCGGCCGUCAAGACUCUUCUCAAGGGUAUCCGAAUGUCUGUCAUCAAGGGAAAUGACGGUGAAAUCUUCUCUGCUGCUGGACUUGCUGGAAAGAUGCGGGGAGUCGACAGCAUCGGGGAGUCUCUUCUGGACGAGCGUCUCAAGGCCGCCUUCAAGCUGUCUCGUGAUGCCAAUACCGUUGUUGUCAUGACCGGAAAGAAGGAUGUCGUUAUUGGUCCCUCUGGCCAGUAUGUCCUUGUCGAUAACGGAGAUGAGUUGUUGACUCAGAUUACCGGAUCGGGUUGCAUGCUUGGUUCUGUGAUUACCUCUAUCGUUGCGGGACAUGUUGGCGACGUUUUCGACGCUGCGUUGGCUGGUCUGCUACUGUACACCAUUGCUUCCGAAAAGGCCGGUCCUUUGAGCGAUGGCCCCGGAACUUUUGUGCCUCGGUUGAUUGACGAGAUCAGCAAACUGGCCAAGACGGGCGUCCAGGUGGAGGACAUCAAGGUCCAGUUUGGAAAAAUCUAG